AUGGCGUCAACCAGUGCUGGCGUCCACGUGUCCACGGAGCUAACUGCAAGGACAUUUUAUGGUUCACGAUUGAGAAAGAGAGCCACAGUGAUCCCUCCUGAAGGUGGAAUAUCCGACGUCGACUCAUCAAGCGAUGAUGAAACGGACACGGACAAUGAUGACACCAGCUUCAAGGCAAGGAGUAGAAGCUUGGAAGUAGAAGAAUCCCUCUCGGAAGAGGAAGCUGAAUUGCCAAAGAACGCCGCCUCGUCGAAACAAGCUGACAAGUACAAAUGGAGAAAGACAAGUUUCGACCACGACUUCCGCGCUCCAAAACCGCAGUUUGAGCUUGCACCGGAAGAUCUCACUCCACUGCAGUAUUUUCAGAUGCAUUUUGGCGAUGAGUUCAUUGAGAAGGUGGUUUACGAGACAAAUCUGUAUUCCACUCAACAGACCGGAAGCUCAAUCAACACGAACGUUGCAGAGUUAAGGUCCUUCAUCGGAAUUCUUCUUAUGAUGGGCGUCAUCGGGAUGCCUUCGUUUGAAGACUACUGGGCCAAUCAAACAAGAUGUGACAAGAUCGCCAAUGUGAUGCCUGUAAAACGGUUCAAGAAGCUCCGAAGGUUCAUUUAUUUUAUUGAUAACCUCCAGCCAGUUGAAACUGACAGAGCCUACAAGAUAAAACCUGUGCUUGAGCACAUUCGGAGCAAAUGCAAGGCCACAGAGUGCGAAAAUCUCUUCUCCAUUGAUGAGAUGAUGAUCCCGUACAAGGGUAAAAAAGCGGGGAACCUGAGGCAGUACCUCCCCAAAAAACCUAAAAAGGGGGGCUUCAAACUGUUUGUACGUGCGGGUGUUUCUGGGAUGGUUCAUGACUUCAUUCUGUACACCGGCGCAACGACAUUCGAAGGUAUCAGACUUGCAGAAGAGGAUGAGGCGCUUGGUCUCGGCGCAAAGGUUGUGUUGCACUUGUGCGAGAGCAUUUCUCGUCCAAAUGAGAGCAUCGUCUACUUUGAUAAUUUCUUCACCUCGCUGGAACUGAUCUCACGACUGAAAGAAAGGUAUUCUUUACACAGUCUCGGCACCAUUCGAAGCAACAGGCUUCAAGGCUGCUCCCAAAAGGAUGACAAGUCACUGCUGAAGGAUGGAAGAGGCAGCUUUGACUACAAGGUGGACAAUGUGGCAGGACUUGCAGUCGUGAAAUGGGCUGACAACAAGACUGUAAUACUUGCAAGCUCCUGUGUCUCACAAGACCCAGUGGAAACAGCGAACAGGUUCGACAAGAAGGAGCGUCAAAAGAUUCCAGUUUCUUGCCCACAAAUUGUGAAACAGUACAACAUUCACAUGGGCGGUGUUGACCUUGCAGACAUGUACGCAGCGCUUUAUCGCACCCCUUUCCGCACAAAGCAAUGGUACUUAGGCAUCUUCAGCCAGCUUCUCGAUAUAUCCGUGAACAACGAUUGGCUACUACACCGACGACAGUCAAACCUCACUGGCGUGAAGGCAAUGCGACUGAAACAAUUUCGACUAGCUGUUUCAGAAGCUUUGAUGCAUGCAAGCCCCCCGAAAAGAGGGAGACCUUCUUCCACCCUCGAUGAAGAACCUGCGGCGCAGCGCCCAAGAUUGCAGACCACGGCAGCACCUGUCACCGAUGUCUGCUACGACGGUGUGGGUCACCUACCAACACUGGAAGGCAAAGGUCGCUGCAGGUUCAUUUUCAUACAUUGCAAUGAGUUGACAAAAGGUAGCAUGGGUUUGUGCAACAGGUGGUUGCACAACCACUUGUUGCACAAAGCACUGACAGACAGCACCUACCGCUUGAGACAAUCCACAUCCAUGCAACCGCAAGCAAAACAAUUGUUAUGA